AUGGGUCUUAUUACAUGUGGACACAUGUUGGAACAUCCAUGCACUUUAAUUGUCGUUUCUGCUAUAAUUGCUUGGAGAGUAAGAAUAAAAAUAUGCGGCCUCGAUGGAUACGGCUACUUUGCAAGUUUUCUCAUAGCAUCAUUUUUCUUCCUAUUGUCGUUGUUGUCCCUCCCAUUUUUCAAAUUCAAAUACGAAACUGAUCGCACCAUUAACUGGAUGGAAAUUAAAAGUGUUGUGCUUAAUGGUCACUAUAUUUACAUGUAUAUAUUGACAUUUCAUCUUGGAGCAUGUGUUGCGUUUCAGGUUUUCUGGGAAUUUUGGUAUUUGGACGGACUUCAGGCCAGUCCUUUAGUUAUGGGCGCGGCCGCACUGAUUCGAAGACCAGUGUUAGCGGCGUUUUUAUUCACCUCGUGUUACGUGAUAGAGAGAAUUGGUGAAUUAAACACUGUAUGUGUUUCGCUUCUAUUAUUUACAGUGGCGUUCUUUGCUUUAUCCUUCUCGCGAGUAUAUUGGUAUGUUCUCGCCGUAGAUACCCUUCAUAGUGCAGGUUAUGGACUGGCCAAAAGUGCGUUCACGUUGCAUUUCUCUAAAGCAGGAUCAAAAGCAAGUUCGGGUGUAAUACUUGGUAAGUUUUGCAGGAUAUGUUUGACUUAAGGUGGCUCGAUAUAUUAAUCCAUACGAAAUCCCUUGUGCAAGAAUCGCGAAAACCGAAAAUGUGUUGCUAUACGAAGAAAACCGGGUGAUCAUUCGUGUUCGCAGGAAUGUUAAAGACAUACGUGGCGACUUGCACACGGAACUUGCGCCCUUAUAUGACGUCAUGAGAAAUGCAAAUUUAAGUACGCUAUGUCUCAUUAUUUUGUUCGGUGACUUAUGUUGAAAUUUUGCACACUGUCACAGCGAAAGCCUUUCAGUAUUACAUAUUUUGUAAUCAAAACAAUCUUAUCAAAGAAAACGACAUUUUUGCGUUAUUGCAAAAAUAGCAUUACCGGUUUUUUUAUAUUGUCUUUCUUUAAUUUAACGUUAGUCUAUGAUGUAAGUAAAAUAAUGCACGGGGAUCACUGUGCUUCUUUUCCAACUGCACAAUGCAAUUGGCUAUUUUAGAGUGAAUUUCGUACGCGUGUGUUACCAUAGCAACGAACUACGUGUUGCAGAAAUCUGCUGCAUAUAAAAUCUAAAAAUACGACGUUUAAGACUGUUAAACUGUUAUACACCUGAACAUUUUAGAAACUGUAUAGAGCCACCUUAAAGUAAAAUGAACGAACCUUGCAGCCUAGUUCCCAUGAACAAAUUUGAAACUUCAUUUUUAAGUAUAAUAAAUAUCGCAGUUUAUCGCUGUUUAUAACGACCGCAGGAAAAGUAUGACGUCAGCAAAUGGUCGGAAAAAAUCGUAUUUGCGUUCAAGUAAGACCAUCUGACCACUACCAUUUUCUAUUUUCAGGAUUUGAAUCAAUGUGUUUUAUUCUUGGAGUGGACUGUGGUGCAACGUUUAUUGGAUUACUUUUUCACGCAAUAGGGGUACGCAGCACACUUCUCCUUUAUGCCGGUAUGACUGCCAUUAUGCUCGCCAUAUUUCUGUGUUAUCUUAAAUUUUCAAAACAUGUUAAUGAGUACGAGAAGUUACCUGUAGACAGUGACGAUGAUGUUGAUAAUAGCAAUGCCAAUGAUGAUAACAAACACAUUAAUAACUUGAAGUAA